CCGUCCCCGCCGCUUUGGCGCGAACCUUCAGUUCCCCGGUGCUCGCCCCGCCGCCGCCAGCAUGGGUCCUUCGCGCCCGCAGCGCCGAGUUUGUUCAGGAAGGAGAAACAUCGCAGCAUUCCGAAGUACAAAACUGAUUCCUAUGGAAACAUCCUCCUCCUCUGAUGACAGUUGUGACAGUUUUGGUUCUGAUAAUUUUGCAAACACAAAACGCAAGUUAAGGUCGGAUAUUGGAAAAGAACUGACAAAAAUUUUUCAUGAAGCAUCUGAUGAUGAAUCCUUCUGUGGCUUUUCAGAAAAUGAGAUUCAAGAUGCGUUGAAGUUGGGAUCGGAUUCAGAGGAGAAUGGGACAAGUGCAGGAAGUGAGGUAGCUCCUACAAGGCGGAAAGGUCCUGUUCCUCUGAAAGUAGCCAUGAAGUUUCCACUUCGAAGAUCGGAGAGGAGGAAGAGUGAGGUGGAGCCUCUUCCUGAGAAGCCGAUGCCUGCUCCAGAUUCAGACUCUGACUCUGAAGAAAGGGGUGCCUUGUUUUUAGAAAAAAGGGCUUUAAACAUAAAGGAAAACAAAGCAAUGCUUGCAAAACUAAUGGCUGAGUUGCAAAAUGUUUCUGGUGUCUUUGGUGGGAGAAAAUCGUUGCCAACUGUCAGUCAUGGCCCAAAGCGACUUCCAAGACGUUCAUUGCCCAGAAGUGCUUUGAGGAGGAACCCAGACCGAAGUUCUCGGCCUCAUACAAGGUCCAGGUCCCUGAUUGAAGGUCCUCCUACUCCUUUACCAGAAGAGGAAGAUGAUGACCCAUACAUCUUAGUAAGAAGAAGAAAGAUGUCUGAUGAAUACUUGGAGCACGAAGCCAGAACUCCCAGGAGGGGUCACCGUGGUGCCAUGGCUUUUCCACACAUUGUGCGCCCAGUUGAGGAGAUAACUGAGGAAGAGCUGAAUAAUAUUUGUGGAUCUGCCAGAGAUAAAGUAUAUAACAGGGCCAUGGGCUCCACCUGUCAUCAGUGUCGCCAAAAAACCACAGACACCAAAACAAAUUGUCGUAACCCUGAUUGCGUUGGGGUUCGGGGCCAGUUCUGUGGGCCCUGCCUCCGCAACAGGUACGGGGAGGAUGUCAGGACGGCCUUGCUGGAUCCGGCCUGGAGGUGCCCACCAUGUCGAGGAAUCUGCAACUGUAGCUUCUGCAGGCAGCGAGAUGGCCGCUGUGCAACAGGUGUCCUGGUCUAUCUGGCCAAAUACCAUGGCUAUGACAAUGUCCAUGCCUACUUGAAAAGUCUGAAACAAGAACUUGAAAUGGAAGACUGAAGCUGCGACUGCCUUUACAUUACAUACUCUUUCACCAAUGUCAUAUUACCUACAGUGAAUUGUUUCAUCAAAUGAGAUUACGAAGUCAGUGCCUUCCUUCUCUCCCCUUUUGGGUAAAAAAGGAUAAAGAACUUUCACUUACCUCAGUGCAAGUGGGGAAACUGUUUAAUGAAGGUCUUUACCCACAGGCCAUUGUUUUCUUUUUAAACAACUUCGCAAGUCACAUAGCUUCAGUCCUUGCUUUUAUGCCAAUAACUUCUUUUUUUUUUUUUUCUUUCCUGAAAGGAGAUGGGGCUUUAAGCCAUUAAGGGUUUUAUUCAUGCAGAGAUCCGUGCUGCAGGUUUAUUUAUACUUUGAAGUUGAUCACAAAAAGCUAUAGAUGUUCUGAAAAUUCAGGGCACUGUUUCCUACAGAAACAAGCAGGGAAAGGUAUGUGCUUAACUCUAGGCCAACUUCUGCUGCAAGAUAGACUCUUACUGAACGUAAAUGAUCAAACAGAAGCUAAGAAUUCUCUAAAACAACACCACAUUCUUCAUUUCAAAAAGGAAGCUCUAAAAGUUGCAGCUGAGCAGUCUCCAAUUACUACUAUUUGGCUUUAUAGAGUACUCAAAGUGCACAUUGGCCAUUUUAAAGGAUGUUCUUCGAGUAACUGAAAAAAUGCAGCAGAAGUAGUUGGAGGUGGUGCUUCGUAUUUUUGCUCAGAUGAGGAGAGAUGAAGUCUACCACAGGACCAGCACUGCCUAGUGAUGACACUUAUGUACUGGUGUAAGUUGUGGACUGACCAUGCUGUCUAAAACCAAAUGUAUCCUUUGUUAAAUUACUGUUUUUGUAGGUUCUCCUUGCUCUUGCUGCAACUGCAGAACUGCUUCUUUGCAGAAUUGGCCCUGGUCCUAGGGAAGAGGGUUGCCUCAAGAUCAGGAUUAGAGGGGUAGUGGUUCAUGUGGCUGCUGGCCAACCAGAAGGGCAUGAAAGAUGGUAACUUGUUGAACUUGGUUAUCAGGAAAAGGGACAAUGACAAUCAUUACAAUCAAAGCCUGAACUUUUUUAACCUGUAAAAAUAAUUUAACAGCAAGGACUUUUUAAACUACAGUUCAGCUUAAAGUGAGUUAUUCUUCCAGUGACAUAGAGCAGCAUAAUGUUCUCAGGAAACACCCUGGUAAUAGAUGAGAAAAAACGGUUGCCUCAUCAAAAAAGGCUUUUGAAAAUAAAUAAAAAGGGACAUAUAAUGGGUCGCAUACAGUUUGUGAGCACUUAGAGAUGUGAGUAGUGCUGUGGUCUCCUCCUUUACAGUCCUCUAUAUCUGGCUCUGUGGUUGUAGAAGGAUAUUUUGCAUGAUGUUAAUGAAGCACAAGUACAGCAAAAACAGAGCUGAAGAAUUCUAAUGUCCUGUGUGGAUGGGGUCUUUUGCACUCAGUGCUGUAGAAAAAAGAACAUGCCAUGAAAAUUGUAUCCUGAGAGCCACAAAGUGUAUAAAUGCGCUUGGUUUGGUUAUGGAAACUGCUGUAUAAGCUUUGUUUAAGGUUUAGAAUGCAAUGUUAUAAAUAAUGUGCAGUCAAAUAGUAGAAGAAUCAACUUGGUUUUAUUGAGCACUAGAACAAAACAUGGGUUUAGACUUCUCUGCUUGCACAGUAUUUGCACAGCUCGUAUACAUAAUGAUCCACAGUUUAUACCUUUCUGGGAAUUACAUCAGUGUGUGUGGGAGGGCAGGAGAGAGGAAUUUAAAAACAAAAGCUAUUUAUGUCUCAGACUUGCAGUUCUGUUUCAUAAAUCAUCUGUCCUCUUGAAAAUCUCCUGUCCUCUCUUUGUCUGUUUUUAUAGUGUGAGUAGCUGUGCAGUUUGAGGUGGAGAGUGCUCUAUCCUCUCGGUACCUUUCCUGAAGAAGGAGCUCUAGAAAUACAUGUGCUGACAGAUAAGAGCUCUUUUAUUUUUUUUUAACAUAAUUGCUGAUCUUGCCUUGUGAUUGCUAGAGUGUGAAAGGACUGUGCUAAAAGUGUCAUAUCAUGGAGACUGCUGUAUUUAGAUCUACAAUGUUCUGUACAAAGUUUUUUAUUUUGAAAAUAAAUUUUCUGGGUUAGAA